UACGCUCGUAUAUAUAUAUUUAUUGGUGUCAGUGAAAUGUGAUGGUUCAAUACCUAAUCACAAUCUUCUUCGAACGAACGAACUUAAGUUAAGGUAACGACAACCCCAGUUUGGAAGUAAAGAUGCGCUUACUCUACCUCCUGCAUCUAUUGCUUGCCGUAAUUUGUCUUUGUCGUGCGGCUCCAAGUAUAUUGGUUCGUUCGCAAUCUGGACCGCUAGUUAAAUACAAUGACUAUUCAACAGUAAAUCUUCAGAACUUUAAUGUACCUGAAGACACUGACGUAGCAUCGUUACGAUUGGCCCCUGAAUCAACUGCUGUUGAUCAGCCUAAGUCGUCGUCGUCAUCGUCGUCGUCGUCGUCUUCGUCGUCGUCUUCGUCGUCGGGUUGGUCACCGGGUUCGUCGUCGUCGUCGUCUUCUUCGUCGUCGUCGUCGUCUUCGUCGUCGGGCUCGUCACCGGGUUCGUCGUCGUCGUCAUCUUCUUCGUCGUCGUCGUCAUCGUCGUCGUCUUCGUCGUGGCCGCCGAAGUGGUGGCCAUCGUCGUCGUCUUCGUCGUCGUCGUCAUCGUCUUCGUCGUCUUCGUCGUCGCCGUAGACGUCGUCGUCGACGAAAAUGAGAGGACAACUGCCUACAUUAAAUUAUAACGAUAUAACUUCUGCAAAAAUUACAGCUAGAAAAUUUAUUCGGUUUUUUCAUUGAUAUUGAUAUUGUUUAAUUUUGAAUUGUACGACACAUGUUUUGAUUGUAGAUUUACUACAUUUGCAUGAAUAAAAAUUAAAAAAAAAAAA